CGGCUCACCAAGUCACGGCUGGCGCUAGCAUCCGCCAUCCGCCAUCUUUCAUCACAGCCUUUUCAUCAACAAUAUCAACAGCACCGCCGAUUUUUAUGAGAUUCCGACGAUUUUUGAGUGGAAGAUCCCGGGAAAGCGAGUGGAAUGCAAACAACAUAGAAGAUGGCUCGGCAGAAAGUCAAAGUCCAAUCUCGAAUGUGCGAUGAGAACUCGGGCAACUCGAGCGCCGAAGAUUCCUCAGACGAGUCAAGCGUGAAUGAAAACGCCUCCUCAUCAAGCCACAGCGGAAGGUCGCGCGUUGGCAAGAAACCCGUCAGCAAAGCACGAUGGACCAAAGAGGAGGAUGAACAGCUGAAGCAGCUGGUGGAGACGCACGGCGACCAGUGGGAUCUUGUCUCCAGCUUUUUCCAGCUUCGCUCCGACAUCCAGUGUCAGCAGCGUUGGCAAAAGGUGGUCAAUCCUGAACUCAUCAAGGGCCCAUGGACAAAGGAGGAGGAUGACAAAGUAGUAAGUCUAGUGAAACGGUACGGCCCAAAGAAGUGGACCUUGAUAGCCCGCCAUCUGAAAGGUCGCAUCGGCAAGCAGUGUCGAGAACGCUGGCACAAUCACCUGAACCCAAACAUUAAGAAAACCGCAUGGACGGAAGAGGAGGACCGCGUCAUUUACCAGGCGCACUGCAAUUGGGGCAACCAGUGGGCUAAAAUUGCCAAACUCCUGCCCGGCCGUACCGAUAACGCCAUCAAAAACCACUGGAACUCUACCAUGAGGCGCAAAUACGAGGGCGCCGAUGAAAAGCCUGAGUUGAAACGCCCCAGGCAGAUUGCCCAGAAGCGACGCCAAAGACCUGCUGAAAGUCCAACAUUGAUCGCCGUCCCCCAUGUGAGCAACAGAACGGAAACCAGAGCUGAAACCAGUGUUCAAAGCCAUCAGGCCUCAGUCGUUGAAUAUUACUUGCAACCUGGAAGUGUAGUUUAUGAGAACAAAUGGUCCCCUGGUGACCUCCUUGAUUCAACCUCGAUGUCAUCUGGGAGUCAGGCAAUGCUGCCUGAGCCCUCUUAUACCAUAGAUAACGAUUUUGAUGCGUUAGUCCACCACGCCACUGAGAGCCUGAUGACAUCUGAAGAAAAGCAAAUGGAUAAUUCAUUCCUGAGCCGUUUGCUGGAUGAUGACUUGUGCACCAUCUCCAUUUCGGACGAGAUGGAGUCAAUUUGCAAAACGCCCACAAAGUCGCCGCGAAGCCUCAUCAGCAGAAACAACUCCGAGUAUAUUUUGGGUCUCGGUAUGACCACCCCACCAAAGCUUUCGCCUAUGAAGGAUGCUGUGCCUUACAGUCCAUCGCAAAUUCUAAACCGCUUCCAGAGCCCCCUUUCCUUUGAGCUGGGUCUUGGAGGUGGCAGCCCAGUCGCAAUGUCCACCCCAGUGAGGCGGGACGAGGAGGCCGCCAACGCAAGCCUUUGCACGCCGCAGCCUCCCACUUCAAGGGAGCACCUCACUCCCAAAAAAGUCAAUUCAACUUUUGCACAGACCAGUCCGAGGACACCGCCAAGCUUUAAGAAAGUUCUUGCAAACCUCAAGGGUCACGCUACUCCGACGAGGCUGAAUGAUGUCACAGAAAUUAUUAAGAAGGAACAAGAAUCUGAUUACUCUUACCAAGCUGAGUCUGCAACAUCAUCAAAUGAUAUGCUUCAGGACAGUGGUUACGCAACGACCAACAGCAAAAAGCGACCGAUUUUCCCCACCCCACCCGGAAAGGAGAACGCUCAGCCAAAGCGAGCCAGGAAGGCUCUGGCCAGCACAUGGUCCACGCCUGGUCACAUCCCAAUUGCACAUGAUGCGUCUGACAUGUCAUUCCAGUCAUUCAACGUGGAGACGCCGAGCAAAAGUCUUGGUGGUGCCGAGUCGUCGGUCCUUUUUUCGCCACCAUCUAUUGUUCCAGACAUCAUCAUGUCUCCUGAGAGCUCCGUUAACUUGCCUCCACCUGAUGACUCUGGUCUGCGACUUCUGGCAGCUGUUUCUCCGGAUUCUAGGAGGAUCCCACCGGUCACAGAGCACCUCCCUGGCAUCCUGGACUGUGCCGACACAAUGAGUCCAGAAAAACCCACAUUGGUCAAAAGACUCAACUUCUCACCCGACACCCUUGCAGUGAAGAAUCUUUUGCCAAAGGUUGGCGUAAAAUUUGAAAUGGUGGCAUACGGACGAUCACGAGACCAGCAGGAGAUGACUGAGCAGGCUCGCAGCCUGGUGGCGACACACAAGCCUCGCCAGCUGAAUUUGUAAAUAGACUGGGUUGGCGUUUCUUUUAUGGGAAAAUAACUUACAGAAAAAAAUGAACGCGAGCGCUUUAAAUUGAUUUAACUGCUUUUUGUGUAAACAUUUUUUUGUCACAAUAUUGCCUUCACCACUCAGUAUUUUAUUGUUUUACUGUGAUUUCAGAUCUGCUAUAAUGUUUGCAUUUAUUUUCUUUGUAACUUUGAGAGCAUUUUAAAUAAUAUAUAAGCAUAUAUAUAUAUGCCAGCAGUAAUUAAAUAUCUAGGAGCUACUUAAUAUUUAAGCUUUUGUAUGACAUUUUGAUAAGAGCAAAUGCUGCUGAUUCAAAUUUAUAAUAAAUUAUUGUAUUAUUAUAAAACAAUAAUAAUAAUCAAUAAAGGACAGUUGUGCUUUUCUAUCUUGCA